CAUGGUUGACUCUGCAAUGGCUUCCAGUGCAUCCGUGAUGGACAAUGGAGACAAACCUCUCAGGGCUACUUUCCAACAGACCAAGGGAGGGCGACUCGGACCAUAUAAAGCUGCAGCAUUUAACGUUCCCAACUGUGUGUUUCCUCCUAAACUGUCCGAUGCCAAGAACAUAGCCAAGAUACCUGCAGUCCUGAGCGAGUACCUGAUCCGAGUGGGUGAUGACUCAGCUUGUCUGCACGAUCCCAAUCUCCUGGAAGAAUGCAAUUCACCCCUUUCCAAAGAUACAUCCUACAGGUUUAAAUUUGUCUUGGUUGACAAGACUGCAGUCACGGUGAAAGACCAAACCGUCUGGUCUGAUCCAAUUAAAACCAAGAAGUUGAAGCUGGCUUCCUCCAUCGAUCCUUGGCCAGGCCAGAGAAGCAGCGGAAUGGUUGUCAUCACUUCUGGCCUAAGCAUGCUGGCGUUUGCCGUAGUGGCCGCGUUUCUUGCUGCACGGGAAUCCAGAGAGUCAUUCGUUGCACUCAGGUAUCAAUCCCCAACUAGACGACGGGAUGAUGAUGACACAAGAAUGCAGGAAACCUCCCUGUCCGACCACUGACUACUGCACCUGUUGGCUGGCUGUCUUCAGCUGCAAGUGUACUCGCCAGCCAGUCCUGGAAUACCGCCCUGCACGGAAUUGAAUUGUAUAUACAGUAACAGAUGCUAGGACAACAAAGUGCUCUUGGAGAUUUCUUUCUCUAAAAUCUUCUGUUGUUGUGCUAGAAAAACGGGUCAGCUAUGAACGUUCCUAAGAACCCCACCCUGAGAAUGAAUUGCCUUCGCUAACUUUGGGCGACAGCAAUUUCUACUUGUUUCUCCAGUGGGCUGGCGUGUGGGAGUGCCUAUCAUGUGCCUUGUUCACCAAAUAGAGUUUCUGUCGCGUUGUAA